AAUGGCAGUGUAGAACAGGAGUAUAUAACGAAUUCUAGAGGGGUGGAGCUGUUUACUUGCAAAUGGUUGCCUAUUUCUUCUCCAAAAGCUCUGGUUUUUCUCUGCCAUGGUUAUGGCAUGGAAUGUGGUAACUUCAUGAAAGGUGUUGGGGUUGAACUGUCGAAUCAUGGCUAUGCUGUGUUUGGAAUUGAUUACGAAGGCCACGGACAGUCCUCAGGUGCUCGAUGUUACAUCAAGAGGUUCGACAAUAUUGUUAACGACUGCAGUGAAUAUUUCAAGUCGGUCUGUGCACGGGAAGAGUAUAAGAGAAAGAGAAGAUUCUUAUACGGAGAAUCAAUGGGAGGCGCAGUUGCUCUGCUAAUACACAAGAAAGAUGCUAGUUUUUGGGAUGGUGCCAUUCUAGUCGCUCCUAUGUGCAAGAUAUCGGAGAAGGUGAAGCCACACCCUAUAACCAUCAGCCUUUUAACUAGAGUCGAAGACGUCAUUCCUAAAUGGAAGAUUGUUCCAACAAAGGACGUCAUUGAUUCAGCCUUCAAGGAUCCUGUAAAACGAGAACAGAUACGUGGCAACAAGUUGAUAUAUCAAGAGAAACCAAGGUUAAAGAGGGCGGCUCGCCCCCUGGGUGGUGCGGCUGAGCCAGAGUGGGCUCAGCAGUCGGCCUAUCUCUUCCUAUUUUUCCCAAAAUCUACUCCAAAUGAAUCUCGAAGGUGUCGAUCUUACGGGUGCCUUAGAACAAGCCAUGUUGGACUAUGGUAUGCAGUAUUACGAGAGGUUAAUGCAGCAAUGACGGCAACAACAGGAAGAACAGUUACCUAG